UUCUUUGCAGAGACCCGAACAUCCUUGAGACCGGCGAACAGGCCGGAAGGUCGUUGCACGGCGUCAGGGACGACGAGUGCUGCUUCUACGUAUGCACCGAGGAUGCCAAAGAGGGUAUCUGCAGCAAAUGCGAGGAGCCGUGGAAACAUGGCUUAAUCGACGACAGGGCGACAGCGCCUCAGUGCGAGAGCCCCCCUCAGCCUGGUUCUACAGGUCCGGGCUCGCAGGCGGGCCAACCGGAAACGUCCACGGACAGCGGCGACGACAUCGGCACCGCUCCCUCCUCGUCGAGCACCACGGCACCCUCGACCACCGCCGUUGGUCAAAAGGACACGGCGUUCUGCGGCAGCGGCCGCAUAGGCUCGAUAUCGAGCGCGUCCUCGCCGGGCCGGCCGAGCCCGCCGAUUGUCCUUCAACUUUUCUGGCUCUGCUGGAUCCUGAUCACCCUCCCUGCGAACGCGCUGCAGUUCCACAGCACCGUGUCCUGGAGUCCUUCCGGGUUCUUCCCGCUGAUCGGUUCCGGCCUGCACCUUUCGGGCGCGGCGCUCGUCCUGAGGAGGGUCUUCAACGAUCUUCGCGUUUCCUUCAGUUCACGCACGACCGGGAUCUACCGGCUUGCCGUUGUGCGUUGGCUCCUGUUCGUCCUCGGGAUACCCGGCCGGGCGGUGAUGAAGUGCCGUUGUCGCGGAUGGUGGUGGUGGAGGUCCUGGAGGAGGUCCAGCAGCCGGCACUUCCGCUGGAAAUUCCUCCGUCGUUUCGGGGUCGCGUCCCGGCGGUCCGUCUUGCGCGACGUGUCGACCGCCAUCCUCGAGCUGUUCCUCAAGUUCGCGGCCGAGUGUCGGUGCCGCGAUUGGUGGUGGUUGUGGCGUCGGUGGCGGAAGUGCGGAUCGACAGGCGAGCAGUACCACACGGGGCUUGUCCCACGGAGAAAACGUCGGGUGACUCGCGGCGGGAUGGCACAUCGACGACGCGGCAGAAGAAGAGAUCUUUCCAGGGUUCUCAGGAUGGACGUCGCAAGUUCGACCAAAUCGAUAUCCAGGAAGGACCCGCCAUAGAGCGGCCAGCAUCGUUCUCCUGGAUAACGCAGGAUCGUACGGGUUUUCUUCUAACGCGGGGUAUCUCCGCGAGAGCUUGUCUCCGCGAUGCUCCAAAAUAGCACGCAGACUCGAUCGAAGCGAAACUCGAUCGAGGAAAACACAGAUCGACGUAGCGAAACGUCGGGCGAAACACGAGCAAGUAUACGAAGGAUCAGGGGAUGUCCCCGGGAUAUUGUACGGGUAGAAAGAACACCAGCACUGCGAGGAGAAUAGUGGAGGAAGAGGACAGCGAGGUGCGAAAGGAGGAUCCAAGGAGGAUCAAGUAAAGGAGCGUGGGCCGGUCUCGUCGACGCCUUCGGUUCCGCAGAUUAGAGCAAAAAAAAAAGGGGAGGAAAGGGAGAUCAACAAAAGAACAACUUCAUCACAAAACAACAAGAACAACCGAGGGAAACGUAAUGUCUAGAGCUACUAAUAAAGAUAAUAAUACAAUAAUAAUGAAUAAAACAAAAUAAUAAAUAAUAAAUAAUAAUAUAGUUAACAAUAAUGAUAAUGAUGAGAAAUAAUAAUAAAGAUUAAAUAAUGAAGUAAACGAUAUAAAUAUAUAAAUAUAUAAAUAUAUUAUAUAUACAUAAAAAGAGAGAAACGAUUGGAGAGUAACGUUACAGUAAAUGAUAGAAUGAUAACGACACAAUUAUUAUUAUAUAUUAAAUUACGUUACACACCAUGCGAGUGAAUGAAAAAUAAUGAGAGAGGAAAGAGACAGAAAGAGAGAGAGAGAGAGAGAGAGAGAGAGAGAGAGAGAGAGAGAGAGAGAGAGAGAGAGAAAGUGUAGGUGUGUGUGUUCGUGUGAAAGAGAAAGAGUGAUAAAAGGAGGAGAAAAAGAUUAGAUGCAGAUUCCGAUGAAAGCAGACAGAUAUAGAUACACAAAAGUACACAUACACAUUGGGGUAUAAGUCGUUAAACUCUAAUGAGCAACAUUAAAGAAAGAAAAACCGUAGAUAGGUAGUUUCUUCGGCCAGAGAGGGGUAUUUUGAACGCAUGGGGGAGGAGUGGGAGGGGGGGGAUUGGUAUAUUCUUAUAUAUAGCUGAUGUGGACCUGCUGAAGGGUGAAGGAGGAGGAGGAGGAGGAGAAGGAGGAUGUAAAAAAACGCGUGGCACGGGAGGAUAAGUAAACACGACGUUAUCGAUUAUAAUAUGUGUUCGUUUAGAUAUUACUGCAAAUAAUAAUCGUAAAUAUUAAAACAUAGAUCUGUAACGAGAACUGAGUCGACGAAUGGAGAGGGUGUAUGCAUGUGUGUGUAUGCAUACGUGUAUAUGCAUCUGUGCGAAUGAUAGAACGCGAGAUUGGGAAAUAAAAAAUAAAGGGAAAGCGUGGAGAGAAAGAGGAAGUGAAUGACAGGCUGUGAGAGAAAUGUAGGAACGAGAACGUGGAAACGUCGGGCGAGAGUCAUCGCGGUGGAGGAAGGGAUGAUCGCCGCGAAGGGCGCGGAGCGGGGUUGAAGGGUAGGGGAGCGAAAAUUUUAGAGUCGACUCUUUUUUUCCCGUUCGUCGCGUCGGGGAAGCGAAAAUACGCGAAAUCCCGAGAAAAACUCUCAGGCUUCCGUCCUGCGUUCCGCAUUUCGAUCCUCGGGGUGCAUCGCCUCGACGCGAGGCGACGCGACGCGAUGCGUUCGAUUAUCGAGAUCGACCAUGCGGAAGGCGGUGUCGGCGGUGAACGGAGUGAAGAUUGGUCCUCGCGCGAAAUCACAUUGGUGGAUUCGUUUCGCGCGAAGAAAUGUCAGGAAGUCCUUCGACUUCCUCUUUAGGCUCGCCGUGAUUUCAAGCGUCGUCGAUUUUUUUCCCCCCCUUCCGAGUGUUUGCGACAGAUUUAUUACAUUUCGAAUUCGAAUCGACCGUGCUUUCUCCUUUUACGUCCCUGCACUCCAUUCUUCAUUUCGUUCUUUUCGUUACUAGUCGCAUUAUCGACUUUUUUUUUUAUUCUUUAUUUUGCUCGACGAUUUCUCCUGGAAACUCGUGCGUGCGCGCUUGGGAUAUUUCGAGACGUAACAUCUAGGGAUGUAGUGUGUCUAAAGAUAAGAUUGCUUCAUUUAUCGCGAGGAUAGAAAGAUUGCGAGUCGAUUUUGCAGGGUGGGGACGAUAAGAAUUAAUUGGGCCAACGACAAAUUCCAAACGAAUGCGGAAGGGAGUUCAGGGACGGUCAAAGUUUGGCUGAGUUACGGAAAAGUAAAGAUAAAAAAAAUAAAAUAAAAAUCCUACGAAUGUCUCCAUCGAAUUGAAGAGAGAUACGAAGGAAGUAGUUUAGGAAACAAAAGUGUACGAAGUUAAAGCCACUCCGUACGACGAGGGAGGAGGGAGAGGGACGGGGAGGGGAAGUACAUCGAGGGGAUGCGACCGACGAAAAGGAAGGCGAACGACGCAGCGCAGGGUGUAACGAAAGACUGGGAUGUAGGAUGUAGUAACCAAAGGAAAGUCGAGUUUUCGAGGGGACGGGUCGUUUCGUUUGUGUAACGAGAGACUCGGUGUAACCCUUUCCCGAAGAAGAGAGAGAAAGAGAGGGGGGAAAAAAACAAGAUACCGCCGGAGAGUGUCCAACGGCACGGAUGCACACAUAUACACGCGCAUACACAUACACACGUACAUGCGCAUGGAACCACCAUCCUCGACGUAAAAUAAAACAAUAGAGCAAGGAAAGAGGAUGUCUUCGAUCACGUAGAAUAGGGCGCGGAACGAGGGGGACGAUGUAUUCGAUCAUGUAUUGUAAAAUAAGAAGCGUGACAAGAGGCAAGGGGGAAGUUCUCGAUCCGCGCGGUGCAACGCGGCGAGAGAGGAAGAGACGAAGAGAUGAGAGGGGAGUAUAUAAAAAAGGAGAUCACACGAUACGCACAAAUUCGCCCACCGCCUAAAGAACUCGUUAAUUGUUCGUGUUGUUUCUCAUUGUUGAGCCGAGCGAAGCCACACGCGAGGCCGGAGACAGGAGUGAAAAUGACGGAGAGAAAAAAAAAAUAGAAAGGUAGAAGGACCUCGCGAAAGAGAGAGAACCUCCUGAGAAAAAUAUACCUGUAUAUAUAUAUACACACAUCUGCCAUCGUGGAAGAAAACCUCGGACGGUUUCGAUCUUGCGGAUCGUCCUGUCCUCGAUCUUAGGAUCGAUCGCACACGCGCACGUUCACGUCGCACAUUCACGUCCAUACACGAAUAAAAAUAGACUGUACAUACAUGCAAAACUCGCGCGUUCGCUCGCUGACACGAUCGCAUUUUGCACGAGACGUGCUGCGGGAAAUGUCUCGCGCGUCACACCUGUUCCUAUCGGAGAUAUAACAGGUGAUUUGACUCGAGAAAUAACACCGAGACGCCGACGGCUCUUUCUGAAAGGAGGUAAUCACCCUCUGCCCUCUUUGGCUUGCCCCCCACCCCUCUUUCUCUCUCUCUUUUUUCUCUCUGCAUAGAUUUCUCAUCGCAUUUUCUAUCUCAUCCUCGAUCGCGCAAAUCCCGUGGAAAUAAUUGUUAAGAGCUUCUCUAUCUCGAUCAUUUAUCUUGGUUUUAUACGUAAAAGCACAUUUCGUUCGAAUUUUUAGUUUAAUAGAGAUUUAAAGAGAGAUACACACACAGAGAGAUACAUUAUUAACAAUUAUAUUUAUGUUACAGUAAUUAUUCACACCUUUGGACUUUUUUGUGAAGAGAAUAGAAAUUGAAAUGCUUGUCAUUAUUAUUAUUGUUUAAUAUCUAUCAAAUUGAACAAUAUCUCAAAUGUAACAUUUAGCCGGGAGAGUUUGAAAUAAACGAUCGGACAGUUUCACAGUCUCGUUAAUAAUUAAUACUGCAUAAAUUGCCCGACAGGCAAAUACGGUCUAAUUACGCCGAAGAGGCGAAGCUCCGAAGAGUAUAAUUUUGCAAUCAACUUCGAUCCACGCGAAAAGCUAGAGAAUGAAAGAGGAUAGAAAAGCCGAGUCGCGCCUUCGUGCUGAGUCAGAACGUCGUGCUUUGAUUAAUCGUCGUCGAAUCCGAUUAUAAUCUGUUACGCCACGGUUUCAAAAAAUUGUUGCAAGAGUCCAAAAAAUUCAUUUAUCGCGAAUUCUUAUUUUAAUUUGGAAAAAAUCUGUGGCGACAAAUGGAAUCGAAUCGAGAGAGUCAAGAGCCAAAUCCAUAAACUAAUUAUUCUUCUAAUUUCUAAUUUAUAAUUUUAGAAAUUUAUUUUUUUCUUCUAAAAGUUAUUUCCAUGUUAACAAUUUUUUCCAAUUUCUCUUAGCUUUUUAUAUGUACAUAAAUUUUUAUACAGAAAAUAUAACAUUUCUGUUAGAAGUACUAUUACAUUUUUCAGUGAAAAUUUUAUAUUGCAAGGCAAAUUGAUACAUAUACAUAGCUCUAAUAUUAAAAAUUAUAUUUAUUACACACGAUAUAAUUUACUUAUUACACACGAUACAAGUUUAUUUAUUUACCACAUAAAUCAAAGUUUUAUUUAAAUUUUUCUAAAAUUUGAAUAUGUUUAUCAUCUCGAAAAAGCCGGAUAAUAAAUUGUUCGGGAACGUAACUGUGGCAAGUUAGUAUCUGCAUUUUACGUACGCAUCUAUAUUCAUGUAGACAUAAGUGCAUCAUAUGGGCGCGGAGAAAAUGCCGGGCGGAGGAGAAAUUGUUUCGGGGUGAGUUACGAUCAUCCAUCCCGAUCGACCGUUUUACUAUUUACUCAGUCUAGCGGCGAUGCUAAAGAGUUUGCUCGUUUGUACCUACUUUUAAAUUAUAAAAAUUAUAAACGCGGGUUGCGCAAGAAAAUGCGUGGUGUAUAUAAUUGGAAAACAAAUUUAAUUCAAUUCCAUUUCGUUUAUUGUGUACUAACGAAAUUGAACGACAUGCAAAGUAGGCAAGUACACAAAAAAGGUGAGGUUAAUUGCGUGCCGCACGCAAGUAAAAUCCGGGAAAAUGUUGCGACGUUUAUUGAAGAACUUAAUCCAAUUGUACAUCCAUCGUAAUUAGUUUUUUUAAGUAACAAGAAUGAACCACUGUUUUAACGAGACGUGCAUUAUGAAAUUAGACAUGUAACGUUAUUUCUGUUCUGAUUAAAAAAUCUCCAUUUAUAGAUAUAAAUAUUUAAAUAUUUCAUAAUCACAGAAAAUAUAAAUAUGCUUUCAUAAAUACCAUGUGUGAGUUUAUAUAUAUAUAUAUAUAAACAAAGUUAUAUAUAUAUAUAUCUAUACAUAUAACUUUGAAUCUUGAAGCAUUUGCAGACUGAUAGUCGGAAUCGAACCUGGAAUCCACUGACUACAAGUUGGAUGUUUUUACUCACAGCCACUCGUCCCAACUAUUCCAUCGAGGAUUAAUCGUGAUGAAAAUUCUGAUCAUUUUACCGCAGAAAUUUCUUCCAGUUAAGGAAUACAUUUCGCCCAAUAGAUUAUAACGUCUGAGGUCUGUGCGAUAAGAACUAAGCAAGAAAAUGGGAGAUAAAAGCGAAUGGUACACGAGUGGAUAAAUAGCAAACGGUGAAAUAGAGUCAUCGCUACACAGGAAUACCAAAAGAGAGAAAGGCAGAGAGAAACGGAGAGGGAGGAAGUAGAGAAGGAAUGAGCGAGAAGAGAAAAGGGAGGGUGGUCAUUGUCAUCAUCGUAAUUGCAGGAAAAUAGGGUGUGUCCGUCGCACGUCACGGGGCAGAGAGGCAGAGGGAAAGGCGGGAAGGAAAGAGGCGUCCGGCUUCACGCGCGUGUUAAUUAUGUUGUUAAAUAUGUUGUCCAAUACGUGAUUGUUAUUCAUUUACACUUAUAAAAAUAGAAAUACGAAAAAUAAAAGGACAUCUAAAAGGAGAUUCGUAUCCUCGUCGCGAAGAAAGAGAAAGAAGAUAUAUGUAUAAAUAAUAUAAAUAUAUAAGAAAAUAUAUAGACAUAUAAUACUAUAGAUGUAUAAACAAAAUAGCGAACACAGGAAUAAGGAGUUUCUUGGGGGGGGGGGAGGUGGGGGAGAAGGUAAAUAGAGAGAUAAAGCAAGAAAUGAAGGAAUCUUAUCGAUCACGGGUGAUCGAGAGUUUUCUUUAUCCCCUCGAGAGUUUCCCCUACUUUCGAUUUUCUUUCGCGCGUGAUUGCAUGUAAAUACGUAUACAUCCGCGUAUACACGCCUGUGUGCCACACGUAUGAUGAAUAUACUUGGCUGUGCGUAGGCGUGUGUAUGUAUGUAUGUAUGUAUGUAUGUGUGUGUGUGUGUGUGUGGUGUGGUAUGUGUGUGUGUGUGUGUGGGUAUGCGUGUAAAUUAGAAAAGAGAUGUUGUUUACCGAGCGGCAAACGGCAACGAACGCGUGCAUGUGUGUACCAAGCGAGGGACGAAGAAAGCGAGAAAGAAAGAGAUAUUGCAGCGCCGUGUAUGUGAGUAUAAGCCGGGAUGUGAGAAACGUGGCGAACGAGGUGGAGGUAAUCGACCAGGAAGUCCUUCGGAUCCGCGCGCGUUUAACUCUCGCUCUGGACUUACAGAUGUACCGGGAGAGCUCCUGAUAUCGAAGCCGAUAAAUUGCGUCCCGCGGUGUCCGCGAUGUCCGAUUUGUUCUGAAAUUCCUUGGGCAAAUGCGCCACGGUAGUCGAGGGUUAAGUGGACAAGUUUCGAGAGGUCACGAAGAUCGAAGAGCCCUGGCAGCCUCGUAGCGGGGAAAUUUACGCCACCCAGUCCCCGGGACUGGGUUGGACUCUCUCUUUUUUUUUUUUUUUUUCUCUCCAAUCUAUCUUUGCCGCCGAUCCUCUUUGCGGGCGAUGGAUGUUAAAGAAACAUGUCGAUCGCACGUCAAUUUACCGAUAUGGGAUUCGCACCCUCCUUUCUCUCUCGUCUCCUCUUCCUCUCCCGAUAUUUUCCAUCUUCCUCCCUGUUACCUCGCUCUGCCAUCUCGCUUAAAAUAUUUUUCUAAAUUCCAUCGGUAAAGAGAACGUCGAUCGCGCGCGUUACUUUAUACACAUACAGCACACACCGAUACGUCCCCUUCUUUCUUCGUUUCCGUUUCCCUCAUCUCUCGCUCUCGAUCGACAGGUCCAUUUAAGGACAUCAAGGAGAACAGGGAAGAGAGUAGGACGUGGCGGUCCUGCGGUCGUGGCUCGCGCCGCAGACCGGGAAUUCCGGGUCCUGGUCCCGGUCACGGUGACACUUCCCGUCGCGCUGCAAAACCGCGUUGCACCAGCCGCUCGUAGCCGUAGCUUAAUGAUAUUACAGUGGAUAACGGUAUUAUAGAUAAUUCGACACGGACUGGCCCCGCCAUGGCCGACUACAUUCGCGUUAGGUUCCCCCCUUUCCUUUCUAUUCCCUUCCCUUUUGAGCAUCCUUGCGCAUCGAACGGUCCGCAAUUUCUAUCAAGUUUUUUCUAUCUGCAGUUUCAAGAGUAUAAGUCAUUUAAGCAAUGUGAUUAAGAUCUAAAUAUUUAAUUUUUGGAAUUGAGGCUGUUUCCUGAGUAAUUUUUCUUAUAAUUUGAUUGACAGAUAUAUUCAAUUUUCGUCCAACUCUCUUCGACAUAUAUAUCUUAAAGAGUUUAAAGAAAAUUGAGUCCUUCUAAAUCAAACGGCUGAAUUAUCCUUUGUAUCUGUUACGAUAUUGUUUGCCACCUUGAGCCACGUCUACGCAGUACGAACGGCAAAUGACGGUGCUGUCUCGACACAGUCCUUGAUUAACGGCAAUUAACUAACUGCACCGUGGAGCAAACGAGGAGGGGAACCGAAGGGGACGACUUGGCAACCGUCUCGUUGCUCUGAAAGUGAUUGAAAAGCAGACGCGAAAAAGCACGGAAUGACGUGGAACAACGUGCGCAGCAUCUAGAGAGGAGGCUCUCUGUAGCCAAUGUCUACCGCAUAGUUGUAUACGUGUGUAUAAUACACCGCACGUGUACAGGAUGCCUUAUCCCGAGUUCCGACGUCGCAUAUAUCUCCGAAAGUCUUAACGGGUCUUGAGCGCCAGAGGCACUCUGAGUGAAUAUAAUUUAAAGCCUACACACGUGCCUUUGCGCUCAAAGACGUUCAAGACAGAAAGAGAGAGAGAGAGAGAAAGAGAAAGAAAAUGUAACACCACAUGUAAACGCACAAAGGGUAUCUAUCCGGAAGAAAAAACCCGAUAGAGUGUUCACGAAACCCAAAUCACCUGCCCCUCAUCGUCCUUCUUAUCUUUAAUACGUCUCGAAAUGUGCGACUUCGGAGCUCGAGGCACGGUAAUCUGUAUCCUCUCUCAUACGGUUAUAUAAUAUAUUUUACAUAUAUUUUGUGUGUGUGUGUGUGUGUGUGUGUGUGUGUGUAUGUGUAUGUGUAUGUGUGUGUGUAUGUAUAUACAUAGAGAGCGAUGUCAAGUAGGAAUACAUGAGUCUUAAAAGCCCUCGUAGGUAUGUGCGAUUUAGCAAGAAUGAAAGGGGGGGGGGAGGAGUGUGCAUGUGAAGGAGAGUAUUACGUAAGGGAAGAGUAUUAUGUAAGGGCAAAAAAGGGGGGUAAAUCGAGGAGAGAGAAAGAGAGGGACGGGGAGCAACUCCGGCGACCUUCGAUCGACGCCGCGAUACGCGAGGUCAGGAGAAGAUUGUGCAUAAGCGGAUCGAUGCUAAUUAGUUUAUUAAUUAUUUACUCGCGCGUCGAGCUUGCGGAUGGCGCCAAAUUAAUCAUCGGUCUUCCCCGUAACGUAGAAAUUUGCGGGAAUUUGCUUUGCUGGCCCGCCUGCAUUCGUAUAGCGCACGAUUGUUUGUUUACCCUCUCAGCGUGCUAUUAACGCGUUAAACGCCAUCAAUUGCAACUUUUUGUCGCGGCGAAUCUACAGUACGGUUUAUUUUUAAUCUACACGCGCUCUUAAUGCAGAAUUGAAUCGGAAUGGAACGUCGAUAUCUGUUUUUAAGUAGUGUAAACUUAUGGGAGCGCGGAAAGUCAAUCUACUCGUAAAGUUUCUCUUUGGAAGAGGAACACGCCGUCGCUGAGAAUCGCUAUAAAGUAUAAAGUUUGCGAAAUUCAUUCUGCUCGAAAGUAGUACGACAUAAUGCACAUUCGUGAAAAAAAAAAAAAAGAUGUCAGACACGAUCUCGUGUAAUGGGAGACGUGAUCGUUCAAAGCGCGAGACAUGAUUUUCAUGUAAAAAUGAAAUCCCUUCGAUCCGCUUGUAAUUGGACGCGCGAGUACAGCACGUUCUCUUCUCGUAGAUAUCGAUAUCCUUCAGGAUAGCUUUGUUUGGCGCCGUCGCGAGUGACACGUUCAUCGACGAGCAGUUAACGAUUUAACGCUGCUGAUUUUUGUCUUUCGUCUUUGCGACACCCACCGCGAGGAUCCUCUUUAUUAUCACUUAUCAUCAUCGUCAUCGAUCACGUCGAUUGACUUCCGGUUGAUUUCCUCCUCGUCGACGUGAGAAAAAAACGAUCGAGACCUCUGGAAAAUGAUAAGCAAUGUCUUCGGACCAGUCGAUUAAAAUAUUUAAAAAGAAAAAUGCGAUGGAAAAAAGGGGACAAAAAUAUAUACGAGGAAAUCGCAGUGCGGUGCGAGGGACUGCACUUUACCGCGUGUGCAGUGAGAGAUUUGCGACUGGGGAAAAUCCAGGAAGAAGAAGAAGGUACGGGUGGGAGAGAGGAGAGCGAAUGAGAGAUGUGAAAAACUCGUUUCGCAGUUUUCUGCGUUAUGCGACGCGAAGAACGCGUCGACUACGUCUAUACAAUGCAGACUAAGGUUGUAUUACGUCUAUUUUUAGAAUAACGAAGGAAUUACAGAUUCUACAUUGAAAUUGUUAUACAAACAAACUUCACGACGAUUUUCUGUCUGACAAAAAUUAUUUUAACAAGUAGAAAUGUGCUCUAAUAAAAAUGUAUCAAAAAAUAGUGAUAAAGCUCUAAAUAUUUUAUAUAAGUAUUGUAAGUAUUUAAAAUGAUUUAUGUAGAGUUUUAUUGCGAUGCAGAGAUUAGGUCUGGCGAUAAACAAAAUUUAUUAAAAAAAAAUUUUUUUUAUUUACAGACAGCCAAGCUCAGAAUUGGAAUAAACUUUUGCAUAAAUUGUCUUGAAAUAUUAAAAAAUGCUUAAAAUAUGGAUGCAGGUUUAAGAUUUCUGUUGUUAUUUUUAAAAUUUUAGUGGUACAACGAUAAAAAAUAAUAGAAAUAUAAUAAACUAUAAAAAUGUAUUGUUUAAAAAUAGAAUGUUAUAAAUACAACUUUUAUAUGUAUGUAGCUUAUUUGAUGCAUGAACAUUAUCAUAUUUGUAGAGAAAUGGGUGUAAUACAUUCUUAAAGUCUCGUCCCGUGCGCGCGACGCACUUCGGGAGAGGGGGGGGCAACUCGCGCACGAAUUGUAAUUCCGCGCGAGUCGCAAUUUGGCAGCUCCAGCGCUGCCGCAAGAUACAGUCGUAUUUAUUAAAUACGUCGCGAUGUGCCGCCCCCCUGAGAAAUACCAAAUCGCGACACGCGGAGCGCGGAAUGUUGAUAAUUUCGCGGUUGUUACGAAAUACAAACGGGUAGAACAAAGUAAAGCCAGAACGCUACGUGGCGACAAGCCGUUUCAUUAGGAGGCGACAAUAGAUUCGAGAUACAAAAUGUCGAACUUACACAUUCUUAGCUUAGGGAUUUUUUCAGUGUGCUUUGCGGUUACAAAUUGGACGUAGAUUUCUAGCGCGAUUGUAGCGUCGAUUUUAUCAGUUCUUCUUUUCUUACGAUACUCUAUGCGCAAAAUGCCACGGUGUGAUAGCGACUGCAGCACUCGCUAUGAACCCCGGUUUUCCCCCACCCUUCCCCUCCCUCCCUCCCUCACGGUCCCUCACUCGAAUAAUUUGCAUUCCGCUUCUCUCGCGAGCGCCGCGAGAGAGAGGGAGCGGAAUUAAUAUCCCGCCAUUGUUCUCUCUCGCGAGCAUCUCUCCCAUCGGAUACAGCCUAAUGCGCGCGAUUCGUAACUCGACUGUUGAAAUUUUAAUCACAUCCAGCUGUGUUAUCCCGCAUUGUCUGUUGCCACGAUUUCCGCGAUAAAAACGCCGAGACAACUCGCGCGCGUUCGUUCCAUCCACAUUGUCUUCUCGUCGAGCGACGGUUCGAAUAUUUACGACGCGGUUUUACGACGACUCGAAUGCGAGUUCUUGUGGAAGUAGUAUAGUCAGCGGAUAGGUCCAACUCUCACAAAUACCAGGCUCCCCAUGCAAAGGGGAUCAAGCGCCAGUUUGAACUGUCUUCGACUGAGAGAACGUUUUGGGAAAUAAAAAUAUGUAACGAGGGGAGAGAGAGCGCUGUAUAUUCGUAUUCCGGAAGAAUCCAAUAGGCUGUGACAGUUAAUACCAGUGUAAAUAUUGUCGCAUUACGCCAUAAAUAUUGACGGAAAAUAUUGUCACAUCUUCCUUCCUCGGGGAGGGCAUUAGCAGCUUACUUCUUGAUUUUAUUGGAGAGGUGUCUCCUUCUGGUUAUCUUUAUAUAAAAUCCGCUGAAAUUGUGCUAUAUACUUGAAAUUUCCCUCCCCCUCUUUCCCCUCGAGCUACACUGUUGUAAUAAAAGUACAACAUCGCGUCGCGUUGAAGCGGUAAAGAAAGAAGGUAUCCACGAACUUCCUUCAAGCGCUCGAGGAUCGCGAAGGAUUUGUCGUAUUGAAGCGGGACCUCGAAGUUUUUGGGCUUCUAUUUCAGACUUUAUUUUUUCCACUCGUCUCAUUCCGAUGAAUGGCAGCAAUCGUAGAGAACCACGGUCACAUUCACGCACGCGAUGCUUCUAAUAAAAAAUUUCUAUAGUACACCUCAUUUUUUCUCUUUUGUGUUUCCCAUUUUCUUUCUCAAGUUUUUCCUGGUUCUUCCAUUUUGCCUCUUGUCAUCUUAAUUCGACACGUGCAAUUAAUUCCUCCUUUACUUAUGUAACAUGCCAAACGUUCUCGUAAUAUUAUAUUUCUGGUUAAUUCUAUCUUGGCUGCUUCUGUUUACCUUAUCGGAUUUUUUUUUAGUACAAAAAAUAUUCUCUCUUUUGUUAGAUCUUUUUUACCUUGUUACUUAUUGCUCUUAUAUUUUCUAUCUGCCUUCUGAUAUCCCAAGCUGAAAAAAUCUCAGGGCAGAAAAUAAAUCGCUAUUCUGCUCCUCUUUCCCUCUCGCGGGUUAAAAUUCUCAUUCAGAUUUUUACUCCUCCGUGGAUUACCUCCCCCCCUUCCCCCCGCAGACCCGCCGUGAAAAAUCUAUUAUCUCGAGCGCGACAUUCCGAUGCGUAUCGAGCAAAAUGGUCGUAGUUUCGCGUGUGCGACCAUUCUUGCGGUUCUAAAACGUCGCUCUCAUUACGAUCGUUACGCGUAUCGCGGCGGGCAAUUUCUCGAUAAAUAAUCGCCUCAACAUUUUAUUGCCCAAGUCGUAAAACACGGCGACGUGAGAUACAUCGGAGAUGGGCGAGAAAACACACGUACCUUUACGGGGCUGUUUGUUAAUAGGCGUGUCUCGCGAGCGGGCAGUAUUUCCGAGUCGAUUCUCCCCUGAUUAAAAUGUCAAGGUGUUACUACGCUUUAAAUCAUACCGAUUGCAUAAAACAGCGUUACGGCGUUACUUUCGCGGUGAGGAAUUCGCUUUUCAUUUCGCGCAUAAAGACGCUCUCGGUCUCCCACGAGAACCAGCCGUCGCAUCAUUUCGCGCUCUGAGGUUUCAACAAUCGCGCCAAGAACAAGAAGACCGAUUCGUUAUCGCUCUCCGCGACCGCGAACGCGCCCGGAGACUAAUACGAAAGUUGUUUGAAUCCUUGAAAAAUGGCAUCGUUACAUUUUUAUCAUCGAGUGUCAUCGAAUCUCAUAAAGUCGCCGCGCUUUCGUAAAUAGAGUCGAGAUCCCUGCUCUCCCCCAACUCGGACAUAUAAUAAAAUUCCUCUGGUCGGGGACGCGCGAUCGUGCUUUACGUUCCGAAUUCAUACGGCGCGACACUAAAACCGCAGAUUUGAUCGACCAACGGCGUGGAACUUUAAUGAAUUGUCGGAUCGAUAGACCGAAAUAGCGGGCACUCGUGUGGAAGAGGUGCAAGAGGAAGUGUACAAAUAAAGGCGGACGCGGUUAAUAAAGGAAUUGCAGGCGGGGUGACAGAUAUAAAGGAAACGAAUGUAUAAUGACACGGGAAGAGUAGGGAAACUGAUUAGCCAAUAAUUAAUCACGUUGCUGAAUAAUAACGUCCGCGACAUCGCUAACGGCGAGCGAGAUAUGGCGAAUAGAGACGUACAACAUGACCGCGGCGCCGUCGACAGGAACUACGUACGAGCGCGGUAAUGGAGAAUAAUGGAGAAAGUGCGCACGACGACGCAAUCUUCUUUUUAGAGUGUAGAGAAAGAGAGAGAGAGAGAGAGAGAAGGGGGGGGGGAUCGGAGGCAAAGGCGCGAAGGAACGAAGGAGGAUACAUCUUUCGGCGCCGAGGGUUAAACGCCCUUGAUAUCUCCCGGAGAUCGGGAGGUCCCGGCAAGGCUCCUCGCGCUCUCCCCCCCCCCCCUCUCCGUCUUCGUCAUCCGAACCACCAUUUUUUUUUACGAGCCCGACAGGGUCGCGCGCGAGUCCCGAAAAACAUCCCUGGCACCAGCCAAGUUUCGGAUUACCUAUUCUAUGUACGACGGUCUGCUCUUCUCUCGCUCGCUCGCUCGUUCGGUGGGGGUUGCGUUUUACGACGCGUCACGUGCGAAACGAACGAGCGAGCGAGUCCACCCUCUCGACGCGAAUCAUUCACCCGGGCGUUAAAAUAAUAACGGCAAUAAAUCCCGGGCGGAAGGGAAGAAUGGUCACGGUAGAGAAGAACGCGCGCGCCGCGAGCAGAGCGACGAGAGAGCGAAAAGGGGUGCAAGGUAGUAGUCGAAAGAGACGAGGCGAAGGAGAAGGCAGUGGCGGCUUAAGGGUUGCGAGAGAGGGUGCGGAGAGCGGUGGCGGCGGCGGCGGCGGCGGCGAGGAGCGGGCUCGGCAAGGGUGAAAGAGUGGUGGUAGGUAGGUCGGAGGAACCAGAGUCGGGGGACCGGUCGGGUUUCGGUCGUGGCGGUCUCUCUCUCUCUCUCUCUCUCUCUCUCUCUCUCUCUCUCUCUCUCUCUCUCUCUCUCUCUCUCUCUCUUGCGGGAGGAACGACGGGAGGGUGGACAGAGGAGGCGAGAGCGAGAGAGAAAGGGAGAGAGGAGACUAGAGUACGUAUUGAUCUCACACACACACAUACACACCUACACAACCCACACACACAGGCUCACUCGGCACACAGCGUCCGCAUAAAACAGGCCACCGUCGCCGACGUCGUCCUCGACGACGCCGACGUCCACGUCUUUGCGUCCUGCAUUUUUGGAGAUCCUUACGAGGCUGAUUUCUAAUGAGAGACAGACCUCCUACUGUAGGGAGGCGAGGCACGCGCGGGCGCGAGAGAGAGAGAGAGAGAGAGAGAGAAAGAAAAGGAGACGGAAACGAAGCGAGAGGAAAAGAAAGAGAGGGUAGUUUUCACUUCUGAAUUGGUCAGCCUCUCGAAUCAAUAGAUUUGAUUUGAUUUAACUCUUAACUGCUGACGCGGACGAUCCGGCCAGCUCCUUUACCUCUCUUUUUUUGCGCUCGUCCAUUUUCUAAUAAACUUUUUUAUUGAUAUAUAACGAGGGAGAGAAAGAGAGAGAAAGAGAGCUCGGACUUUUCUGUUAUCUAAGUCUAAGAGCGCUCGUGGAGAUUCCUGUAACGCUCGACGAUUCUUUCCGGAUUCUUUUGACAGCGUUGUAGUCUGCAAGAUUGUAAUGGACUCGCGUUACCAGUUAAGAGUCUAAAGCUUUGUAGCUUGAAUCUAAAGUAAUCACGGGAGAAUAGAAUAACUACGAGUUAGUGAACGUUAUCUUCCUGUUUCGCUUCGCUAAUUUCGAUGUAUCGACCCGGAUGUGACAUCAUUAAAUUACUCGAGAGACAGAUCUAAUAGGAUUUAUCUGGCUUACACCUCAAACUAGUAAUCAGAUGUUUUUUUCAACAUCAAUUUAGGUAAUUUCGCCUGGAAACUAAUUCCGCUCACCGCGUCGCCCGUUUUCUUCGGUUAAUGAUAUCGUCUUUGCUUCUGUAAACUUCGUUAUUCGUGAUAUUACCGCGGCCGACCCAGUUGCGAGGGAUCCCGAGCUGGAGCGUAAGGCGGUAGGGGCUGGGGACGCGGGGGAGGGCCAAGAUGGAGGAGGGAGGGUCGCAGGAGCGGUCAUCUCGCGGAAUUUUCGACGGUAACCGCGCGAUUGCUUUGACGCGCGAAGAAGUAGAAGAAGACGGCAGCGAAAUGUCCCGGCCUCAAAGGGUAUCCUAAUUUUAGAUUAAACGCUCGUAUUCCGCUUUUCAUCCCUCGGCUUUCCCUCCGCGGCGGAGAUGUGCGGGAAAGCGGACCGAGAAUAGGAACCGGGGAGAGAUGGGGGUUAACGCUGGGGAGCCGCGAAUGUGCGCGAGAGUGAGUCGAGCGACCUAAAAUUCAAUUUCACGCGCCGCGGCUUUUCGUGGCUGCCGCCGCCGCCGUCGUCGUCGUCGUCGUCGUCGUCGGCGCGAUGUGUGCCGCCGCCGGCUGUUCCUGCACUUUUUUCCGAAAAUCUCGGAUGAAUGCGUCCCGCGCGCCGAAUGUCUCGUCCGGGUCUCGACAAGUUCCUUUAAAUUGCCGACGAAUUUUCGAUCGAGCAAGGAAAUUUCCCAUUAAGCGACAAAAGUCGUAAUUUCUUUAAAGAAACUUUUUUUAAGUGAUUGAAGCUAUCAAAAUAAUCAUACAAAUUUGAGUUUGGUAUUCUCUGACUAACGGGACGCAGUUGGAAUACGUGAAAUGGGAAAAUUUUUUGUUGAUUCGCAUUUUAUUUAAAGUUCUAUUUGGAAUAAUAUUUUAUAUUCUAUGACCUAUAUAUAUAUAUAAGUGACAGAUUUGCGUUGGGAUAAAAUAUUUAUAUUAAGAACCUUCAAUUUCGAUUCUGAGAGCAAUUUCAUGUCGCAGCGAAGUUUCGCGGCGCGAGUUUCCGUGUAUCGAGGAUAGCGGUAUAAUGCAAAUUCAACGAAACUUGACUGUCAUCUUCAAGUGGUCCAUAGUCCGAUUAAUAAUAAUUCCUUGUGUCAGACUUGGGAAAAAUUAUGACGGCGCGUUAUUACUUUGUCGAAGCUCUGUACCUCCGAGCAAUAUUGUGGCAAGUUGGAGGAAUAAAAAUUUCAACUCUUUUGUUGCUACCCAGUCAAAAUUAUUUUUUUUUUGUAAUCCUACAUUUAGAAAAAUAUACAGUGAAUAAUCGCCGUGAAUAUCCCUAAUAUUAUUUUCAUCUUUAAAACUCUUACUCGUAUCGUUAUUCGAAGUAAACUUGCGUAUCGAAAAUCGUCGUACUUAUUUGUCGGACAAUUGCGAUUCUUCGCUCUAAAUUUUAUAAAAUAUUCGCUCUGAAUAUCAGCGAAAUGAUAUUCCCCGGGACUUAACGCUACAGCUCCGAGGUACGAAAUCUUUUCGUUUUCGCGCACGGUCGGACGAGCACGGAUGACGAGCGGAUUUCUCUCGUUUCGACGAGGCCGGAAACGACGAGGGGGAAAGGCGCACUCGGUAAAUACUCGUUGCGGAGUAAUAACAGCGCUGUCCGCGGAUUUCAUAAUACUCUACGUUAUUGCGAAAGGUGUGGUACGCGCGGGCCGUGCCCCGGUCUUAUUAUCGCUAUUAGGUGUCAUCAUAAUGUCGCCCUCGCGAUACAAUGGAGAGCACGAUAUUCUCGCCGCGCGUUCUCCCAGCGGCGUAAUCACGUAAAACUUUUACCACGAUGGCCGCAAUAUAUACGCUGUUUAGCUUACAGAGGUUUAAUGUAAAAAAAGCCACUUUAAUCUCUCUAACUAAUUGUCCGACUACAAUGUUGCUUACCGCGCUUUGUUUUAAAUUCAAUAGAAUUAACAGACGGUCAUAUUCGCCUUGGGUGAAAACCCGAAUGGAAAACGAAAAAAGACAAGAAAAGUCGGUGAGUGUUACAGGCAAUGGAUUUCUAGAUACCUGCAGGUUUACGUUUGCGGAUGAUUGAUCGGUCCGUCGAGGAGAAAUAACUGUUAAUUCAGGUUUAAUAAAGUAAUCCCGUCAAACUUAUUACAUCAUUGUCAAAACCUUUAAUCUGACACGCGGUUUUUACGCUCAUCUUCUUAUCGCCUCUCUCGCCCACGGUCUACUUCAUUAAUCACAGCGGAUCUCCGCUUAUCCUGAUUUUAUCAAUCAGACAGAGAUUACGCUCAGCUGGGUUAAUAAUUAUGGAACGAGCAUUGAUCUUCCGGUUCAGCGACUAAUUCAGCGCUCGCGUUGACCGCGUUGUUCUAUCUCUUUCGCGAGCCCAUAAAGUCGACUCGCAAUUAUUAAUGUGAACCUCAACGCGAACGUCGAACAGUCACGGGAGAAAGUGAAAGCGAUUCGAUUCGAAUUUCCAUCGGAUUCUCGGGGUGGGGGAACAAGGUGAGGAGAGAACUUUGACACUUUCUUUACGAAUCGUCGAUUCUCCGAAUGGGAAGCGCGUAUCAUACUCGGUACAUUUACAGAUACACAAUGAAAAAGGAAUCGCAUUCGCGAAUCAAAUCUCAGAAAUCUAAUCGGGAGCUGAUGAUCAAUUUCUCGUUCGGACUACGCGUGCACGUGUCUAGUGAAUGUAGAAAAACGAAUGACUGUGUAUGAGAGAGAGAAAGAGAGAGAGAGAACGAAUGGAAGAGAACGAGUGAGAAAGAGAAAGAAAAAAAAAGAGCCACUGCCUUAGCGACAGCAGGAUCCGUUAGCAACAAGGCCUUAGAAAGUAACAAACCAGAAACAUAAUUAGAGUUAAGUAAGUCUGUUGUUGUUAACAAAAAAAAAAGAAACAAAAAAGAAGAAGAAGAAGACGGCGGAGAGAAGGAGGACCGAGAGGAGCGGGGGAAGAAGGAAAAGCAUGUGCACUUGCAAUUAGUGAGGGAGGAGCGGACGGACGAAGAUGUUGAAGGAUUGUAAAACUAAUUAGCCACCAUUGUAUCUAAGCGCGUAACACGUAAAUAUAUAUAUAAUGUGUAUUAUAUAUAUAUUAUACCUUAACCCCUCGUGUUGUGUGCCCGUUACUUAAGUAGGCCUCUUAAAGCGUAGUUUAACGUAGUGUGUACAUAUAUAUUACAUAUGCUUGUCGCAAAAGAAACCGGGUGUGACAGUGAAUUGGAGCGAGCGCGCGGGAGAGAAAGAGAGAAUGUGCGCGGAAGGGCCGAAAGCGAGGGUGGGAGAAAGAAGGGCGGCGAACAAGCGAGAGAGGACGACGAAUUUUCGGAGUGCGAUAUCGAAGGAGCGUCGAGGCGUUCGGAGAAACGACGACGCGUUUUCAUCUUCCACAAACAGACUUACAUCCUCUCCUUUUAAUCCCUUUACUGUCUCAUUAAAGUACUGACGUCCGACGAUUUUUACGUUUGCUGCUUUACCGCGUUUAAUUCCUCUUUUUAAAAAUCUCAAUUAAUUUGACGAUGACGUCGGUCUCCGGGUCGUUGAAAAGCGGCAAAGCGAUCGGUGCCGCAAAAAUCAAGGGUUCCCGUCGAAAUGUAACACGUUACGAGAGUUGCCUGAGCGUUCGAGCAUCGACGAAACCGCGGCCGAGUCCGAUUUUGAGUUUGUACGGCAAAUUUGCAAAUGACUAUAUUGUGUGCACAGUCGGUAGCGUAGCUGGUUGUAACUGCUGCAACGAGAGAAUGGAGUAUAUUUGAUUACAAAACACGGUUAAGGUCUUAUUUAAUAGAGCGCGCGCGCGCGAGAAACUCUACCGCUGAAAAUUCACGUCGACACCCCGACCGGAGGGCGGCCGGCUCUCAAAACAGGGAUUGAAUUUAACACUUUGCACCCUCGUCGACGCGACAACGUAACGUCGUCCCUAUGAUAAUUGAUGCUAACUUUACGGAAAAUUGUGCAAAAAUGCAUACGUUGUUACUUUAAUAAGAAGGUUAGGUCGCAAUUUAUUACGUUCCCUUCACGUUUUUCGUUCGUCAAAAUUGAUUCCCUGCGAAUUUCGAUGAAUCGCAAUAGCGCAUUUAUUAAUUGCUGUGCACGAGUUUAAAUUAUGUUAAUUUUCUAGUUAUAUUAAUGUGGAAAUUAAUGUCUUUGAAAUACGAAACGGGGCUUGUGUCGCAAACGCAGGAUGAUGCGCGAUCGAGAUUUUAUCGGUUUCGCAGAUGUUUGACGAUAAAGCAGCUCUCGAUGCCGCCUGUGUGAUCGUAGCCAUAUAAAAUUACUGAUUCAUACUCCGGAGACUAUUUGCAACUGAUUAACACAGAGGAAGUCAUCAGGGAUUUCAUUCAAUACUCGUUGCAAUUGCGAUAUUCUGUUUACUCCUGCUUGCUAAUUGAACAAAUAGUUAAACAAAUAUAUUAAAUGGCUCGUAUAAAACUUAACAGAUAAAUGAGUGUAAAAGGCUAAUAAAACGAGCAAAUGUUAUAUAAUAAAUGUCAAUUUAAUAAAAUUAUAUAUUUAAAAUACACUGUGGAAGUCACGGAACGACAACUUGUCUAAGUCUUCUUCAGCCGACACAUAAAUUCAAUUAAAAUGUAUCAUUAAGUGACAAGGAGCAUGUGACAAUAAAUCGAAAAAUUAAUCGAGUUAGUUGACAGUUUGCUCGCGACGCACGCAUUCUGAAUUCGACGAGGAAUUCGGUGCCGUGUCGUUUUUCACGCCGGGACUUAAAGGAAAGAAGAACCGAAUUAUGCAAAUAAUCACGGAAUCGGAAAAAGGGAAAAGAGUUGCAACUUUUGGGGCAGAAAUGAGUUUCGCGGCGUAAGGAAAAUGGCAUAGAAUAAUUUGCCUCUGGUGGAAAAAAAAAACCAGUAAAGAAAGAGAGGUUCCGCGGUUUAAAGCUGCAGUUUAAAUUUGAAGAUAUUAAAUUGUAGACAUUACGCGAUUCACGUUCGAAAAACCGUCGUAAAAUAUGUAAUUGCAGCGAGAGAGAGGAGAUGGGGGAGUCUCGUAUUCUCCUCUAAAAGGAGAUACACCUCUUUGAUUAGAAAGUACAGAAAGACGCGCAAUUAUCAAAAUUGCAAAUUAAAUAAUUCGAGGAUAAUUCGCGCCUUAGAAACAUCGUGGAGCUCGUCACACGCACUCGGAAGAUGAUUUCCGCGAGCGCACAAUUGACAAUUGAUUCUGUCGACGCGCGCCCUGCAAUUCUCUCCCCGUACACGCCGAAAGAUCCCGUGCCUGUUUAAUUUAUCCGAUGAGCCGUGUAAUUACUUCGUUAGAGCGCGGAGUAAUAAUGCAAUGAGCAGGCCGCAGAAAUGAGGCGCGAUUCGCCCGCGGAAGUGAAGACGUUGGAUGUUCAGAGAUUGUCUGAAUGAAUAGCGACGUCGGCGGGGAAGUUACGCUCUCUCACAGUCGUAUUAAGGCACUCCGACCCGUCUCGUUUCUCAUUCUUCCCCCGCGUUUCUCUCCCUAUAUCCGCCCUAUGGAUUAAUCCGCCGCCUCGGAGCGGGACUUGCUACGGCUUGCGAAAUCGAUAAUAUCGGCCACGCUGCGUUUUCGCGGUUCGACAUCGCGGCGCGCCUCGAUACGCGCUGACGCGGCUGCGACAGGAGGGGGGCUGCGACUCGAUUUAUUAUGCAAUGAGAGCGAGUAACCGCGAGUUUAAGCCAGGAAAAAUGGCGGUUAUUUUGUUGGCAUCUUGCGCGGCUCGAAAACUGUUACGUGGCUUCAAAAAAGAAGGAUUUUAAUUUUAGAUACUGAAAUGUUUCAUUUCCGCCUCCAGUUUUUAAACAUUAAAAAAUGUUUAAGCUUUAAACAUUUGUAUGCUUAGAUUUAAAAUACUAAAACGUUUAAAACUGUUAAAUAGCUUUGAACGUUGAAGUUUAAAUUUAAAUUAAAACAUUUAAAUAUUUAAAAACAGAGGCGGAAAUAAAACAUUUCUUACUUAAAGUUAAACACCUUUUUUUUUCAAUGACAAUAAUCCGCGAAAUAUCGUAUCCGAAAAUGAUAGUCUCUCCGGAUGAAGAAGAGAAGAAUCGUCUUAAUUAAUUACGUUAUCAAUUUAAUAGUUUAUUUUUGUUUAACAUUUCUACCCUUCUUGCUUCUUUUUUUUGAAUGGGGAAUGUCGAGGGAUCAAAAAACUUCCUGUUUGAAGCGUCGGGAAUUACUAUAUGGUGGUCACUUCAAGGAAAGUAUACGCGUUUGAGGAGACACCAUUAGAACAUGCUACGGAGAUGCGAAUGGCGCGUAGGUGGCGAUGGGAAGAGGGUUGAAACAACGUCCGGUCGGAAGUGCCCCUUUUUCCUUUCGUCAUGGUAGAUUUACCAUUCCACUUCCACCGCUACUUCCUCAUUCCGACAACUUUGGACCGUUAUCCACUUUGAUCUUAAGCUUUGAUCGAUAACGUUGAAGAUUGAUUUACAACGUAUUGUAAGUUAUUUCAAGCUUAAUAAUUGGAAGGGAGUAAUAGCACACUUUAAAAAAUAUUUUUAUAAUUUCCGCAAUUUUAUGAUUCGCCUUUUCUACUAUUCAUAAACAUCUCUGGAUAAUUCAUUGAAAAUAUUUUUUCUUAUUUCAUAAGAUAAGAUUUCAAUAAGAUAAUUUUUUGCAAAUUGGUCGACUUGCAAACUUUAUUCUACUUUGUGUGUUUUUAAUAUUUUCCAAUUUUGCUAUUUCAGCAUGAUACAUUGUUAAAUUCAUCACGUUCAAUUGUAUCCAAUUUGAAUUAUUUUUUAAUCAUUCCCGUGUCACCAUUGCUCCUACGCCAUGUCGUUUUAUUUAACUGAAAUAAUUGAGUUAAACAAUUUAACACGAGAAAUUUAAUUUGACUGAAAUUUAGUUGAUUAUUUAAGUGCAUGUAUUAUUGAACAUUGUUUACUUUGAAACUCAGCAAUUCAAUCAUAGAAAUGGGUUGAUUAAAUGCAGUUGUCAUUUUAACCACAUGUUUUAUGUUAAAAUAAUAAAUGUUGACACACAUGGAAAUUAAAAUUAACUUUACUUUUUAAUGAAAACUAAAUAAUUGAAAUGCUAUUUAACUCAAGGAAUUGGUUUAAACUUGAUUCUUUAAUAUUUGACGGUACGUUUCUUUUAUUCGAUAAAAAAAAUAAAGCGAAUCUAUGUUAUGUAACGUACAUAUAACACGUAACACCGCAAACAUGGAAUUUCGGCUAUUAAAAUUAAUUGUUUCUCUAACAACAUCGAAAGUGAAAAGAAUCCGUUUUGGGCGUGAUAGAAUAGGUUACUUAGGGUAACGUGAGCUUACGUUACCGGUAGCGGAGUUCGGAGAAUUUUGAAUCGAUCGAAACGGGGCGAGAUUUGCGGUCAUGGGAAUGGCGCGGUGGAAGAUGGGAAAAUUCCAAGAUUCGAUCAGCCAUCCUUCUCGACCGUCCUUUCCCUCGAUUAAUUUACUUGUCGAGAAGAAACUUUGGGUGCGACUCUAAUCCACCGAGAAGUUCCGCGAGGGAAAAAGCGGACAAAUUGUCUCACGUUUAUUCGUUAAUAUUAAAUUAAUCAUCGCCCCCUUAAUUCGCCAAGUUCGAGACUCGUAGGAUUAACACGACGGAAAGUCGGUAAUCGAAGGUCCUCGAAAAUGAGAGAAUCCCGCUGCCCUCUUUUCAUAUCUCUCAUUUGCCAUGACGAAGGCACGACUCGGAAACAAAGUUUGAACGUUUUGAAACAUUUUGCAAUAUUAAAUAUGAUUUUAGCAUAACUACAGUCUAUGCUGAUUGUACAGGAAUAAAGUACCAUUAAUAUUCUAUAUUAAAUUCCGAUCAGAAUUCUCGCUUUAUUUGCAGACAAUUAAAAAAAAAAAAAAGUUAAUCGAAUUAUUUUGUUGCAACAAAUGAGCGAUAUUUUCUCUUUUAUCGCCGCCGCCACGGUUUUCGCGAUUGUUUUUCAACGCAACCCCUAUUACGUAAAGCGGACGAGAGGACGAGAGGAGAAGUAAAAAUUCGAUGGGAUCCUCGUAUUGGACGGUGCGCGCAAAAUGAAAACUUCGAAACGAGUUGCCGAGGGAAUUCGUGCGCGCGCGGUCCGGCCUCUUCUUUUUUGCCCGUUAAUUUGUCGGAUUAUCGAAAAAGCGCAUCCUAAGAGGAUUACAUUACACAGCGAAUUAGAAAAACGUGGAGUUAAAUCGCGCCCCUUUGCCCACCCAUAUCUCGCGUAAACGCGGCCGCCGAAGGCUCGGACGUUGCGGGAGGGACAUCUUUGACCGGCUCCUGCAUUGAAAUAAUAUUGACGAAGAUAAAAGGCACUCUUCGCGCUCCGUUUCGUAGGAUCCAGCCCGGCGGCCCUUUGAGGAAGCUAAAGCACCAUUGACACCGCUUCCUUGACGUUUAACCGGCGGGUAAAGUACGCGCGGGAUUCAUCCCGCGUAUCCGUCUUUACGCGAGAAAUUCAAACGACCCCGCGCGUUUCGAGAACGGAAGAUUACAUUUCCUAAUACUGUAAUCUCGCGAAUUACAAACAUACGAGAGAUUAAAGAUUCUAAUUGAAUAAUACUGGACAGCGUCCACUUUUUGCAGUUUUCUCUCUCUCUCUCUCUCUCUCUUUUGCGCGCGCGCGCGCUCUGUGUUUGACUCUGACUUUUACCGCUCGUUACACGCAUCGGCGCCUCACCGGCUCGUCGUCGUCGUGUACGACACGGCGAUUUUCCGCAAAGAGCGAUAAGGCCGUGGCGGAAGCGGGCCGCCGUGACACUUCGCCACGGCCAUUGAGCCUCGCCGGAAGUCACGUCGACGGCGGGUAAAUGAGGCGUAUUAUGUACGCGACGCUAUAGAGCCCGUGUACGAUCGGUGUGGUGGUGCCGCCUUUCCCGGCCCGUAACGAGCCAAUUCGACGUGGGUUACAUUCACUCGUGUAUUCGAGAUUAUCGCCACGAUUUCACGAGCGACAGGGAGGGAGGAGAUUUUCUUCUCCGUGAAAUUCCGUAAACGGAUGUAUCGUCCCGAUGGUACCGGCGAUACCGGCCACCACUUCUGUAACCCGAGUCCCCGUAACCUGAUUUGUUAGAAGCGGAGUGGCCGGCGAUAUCUUCGGGCUGAAUGAUGCUCGAUCAACAGAGAAAGAGAAAGAGAGAGAGAGAAAGAGAGAAGUUGAUCGCUUCAGAAAUGUCUGAAAUGAUUAAUGGCGCUCGCGUAGACGAUAAUAUCGCGAAGAAAGGCGCCCGUCGUUUACUUUUUAAAGUAAACGCGAGUCGGAGAGUAGCGCGGCAGCGGCGACGACGAAAUUUCGAAAGGCAAGCACGCGAAAAUCCCCCUAGACGGCGGCGGCGGGGGGGGAUUCCCUCGAGUUUGCGCUCGAAUACUCGGAAUAAACAAUCUAUUGCCAUUAUCGCGCGUAUCGGCGGUUUCGCGGGGAAAUUUGUUUAUCGGGUAAACACUGAUUUAUUAACAAUCUGAUGUUCUUGCGGGUCGGGAUAAUUAAUUGUCGCCCGAAGUCGCUUGACAGUCGCAAGCGCCGACUCGUCGCGCGGAAAUCGAUGAGCGCGGAUCCUCUGCGCGAAGCAUCCCGUUUGCGAUUUCGCGAGGGUCUCUCCCACGUCGAACUGUCGGAUGCGCCAAAGGCGCGGGGCGGUCCGUCGCUAACUAAUUGUCGUUUCCGUGUUAAAUGGCGAUAUGUAUUGUCGUGUGAUAUUUUCAAAGGAACUUUUCCAGAAGAGUAAAACUUUCUAGGGAAAAAAAAAAAGAAGAAAAUUAUGUCUAUCGACUGCAUUUAAUACCGAAACGACGAAUGACUCGAGACAGCUUUUCCAUCCUUCCUUACCGUAGAUUCACGUUUUACCGAACGCUUCGCGGCUCUCCGGGUCUCUUCCAAACGUGUACCCAGGACCACUUUCGUGGAGUUGGACCUCUCUCUCUCUCUCUCGCCAUUCCAAGCCCUUCUUCUCCUUCCCUCGGAUUUAACGCGAAUCGAUCGCUCGCGAUCUUAGACGAAUUGUCUAUCACGAAUACGUGCCGGCGAGAGAGCUAAAUUACUGUCGUUAGUUUUCGUGUGAGAGAGCGGCGCGGGAGCGCAUCUCCUAUAAUCGCGAAUUGAGGACGAAGAAUUUGUAGUGAAUCGUCGUCGUCCUUUUUAACGCACGCGUCCUGAUUACGUAAGGCAUUGUUAGCCGAGCCGGCGAUCGUCGACGGUCCGUGGCGCACCUCCGCCGAGAGAUGCGUGUGUAUGUGCGUACGUGUGUACUUAUGUAUGUGCGAAGAAGGUGAAAACAGAUUUUUCGCCAACCCUCGUCCGGAUCCGCGCGACGCUUGUCAGAAGCCGUUCGCGUGAAGUGAAGACAAAGGCGUCCGAGGAUUCUACUCUGGACAACGUUAGUUAGCGCGUACGAUCCGAAGAAGAAAAAAAAAAAAGAAGAAAUAGCGCGGUAGCGUUGACGAUAUAAGAUUAAUAGCCGAUUAGCCGAUAUAUUGUCACUAAUUUAAUUAUUGUACACUAAUUACUAAUCCCGAGCGGGAAAGGGGGAGACCGCGAGUGGGGAUGAGAGUGCAUAAAGGGUUGCACCGCAAACGACAGGCCGCGCCGGUCCAAACGAGGGUUUCGUCCUAAAUGUGCAUUCUAAAUGGGAGGCCCCGAGCUGCAGUCGGCCUUUCGCCGCGGUACAACGUCGCGGCGAAUAAAUCGAUUUUCUCCCGUGGUGCGCGAUCGUCGACGCCCCCGAAGCUCCGCAUGUAGUUUGUUGUAAUAAAGAGGAAUUAAUUAGAGAGAGCGCAGAUGUGUGCGUAUGUUUGUCCAGUACCGUGUUAAGAAAAAAAAAAAAAAAAAAAGAAAAGAUGAAAGCGGAAUUUCGUUUCGACGAGAGGAGGGGGGGAUAGUAUCGUUACGCCUGUCUCUCACGUCUGAAUUGAAUGUCGAGUCCAAUUCGAUGGAUCCUCGGAUUCGGGAAAUUGCGGAAUUUGGAAACUCUCGGAUCUUCGGAGUCUUGAAUCCCCGGGAAUCGUUGAUUCUUGCAUUCACGAGUCGCAAUGAAAUUUCUGAAUACCUGGAUGCCUGGAUCUCCGAAUCCUUAAAUCCUUGGAUUCCGAGGUCUCGAGGUAUACGAGGAGGUACAAAAAUUAAUUGUAUCGAUCUGGCUCCUACCCCGCGCCGAGGUUCUCGAAUGUACACGCCUGAACAUCCUGAAAGUUUUCGAUCCGUGAGACUCUUGGACCUUCUUGUAUUACGAUAUUUCGAGGUCCAAGAAUCUGAAUGGACCAAGAAUCUCGAUGGACAACGGACGGUUUCUCAUCCUCGAGCUUUCUAGGUCCCGCGAUUUCAAGUACACACGGAAAUUAUUUGCGCGCACGUCGUAAUCGGCGUUCGAGAAUUAUGAAUCGAAUUUCCGAGGCGAGACAUACUUUUCCUAGGACAGGAGGGAAAGAAGGAGAAGUGUCCGAAAUUCGUGGUGUAUUGUACGCGCUGGUAUUUUUUCGGUGUUCCGCGGCGAUAAAGUGUAAAAUUAGCGACAAGUAAUAAACGUAAAAAAGAAAAGAAGGAACGAAGAGAUCGCAGUUGGCAUCGGUAUGUAUACAUAGAGAUAUUUACGUAAGCAAAAAAAAAAAAAGAAAACGACGUCGUAAUGUGUAUAGAUAAAAAAAAAUAAUAAUUUUGGGAGCGCGACGCGCGAACGCUGUGACGAGGAUGUUACUCAUGUUACUAUCGCAUGACGAAUAAUGACACACGAUUAAUUAUUAUUAACGAUUAACAAUUAAAUAUUGUCCCGAUUAUUAGAGAGACGUGUGGAGAUUUAUUACUGCGACCACGAAAGCUCGCAAAGAGGAAAAAAAAAAA